AUGCCUAACGUCGGCAAACCGUCGAAAGGGUGCAAGAACUGCAGGGACAGGAAGGUCAAGUGCGACCAGAAACGCCCAUCAUGUACGCAGUGCAUCAGGAUCAACAAGGAAUGCCACGGAUAUCGCGACCCGCUCUCGAUGAUGUUCAAAAACGAGAGCGAUGUGGUUGUGAAUAAAGCGCAGAAGCGGUAUGAAGAGCUAUCGAAAAAGAAGAAGGAAAAGGAGAAAGUGCCGAGCUCUAGAGGUUCCGAGAGUCCGCCCACCGACUUCAGCAGCUCAAGCACUUCCUCGGGGCCUCUUUCGACUCCAGGAAGACCUCAACGAGUUGUGCCGAGACGACAAGAUGCAAAGCCCGACAUGAUCGCAUGGGAAAUGAAGUCCUCGCUCGAGGACCAAGCUGUUGGCUUCUUCUUUGCUAACUACGUUGUGGAGCCUUCCAUCGUCCCGAGAGGCCAAUUCGACUGGCUACCCGAGCUGCUCAAUCAGCCUAAUACCGAAAGAGUUCUACAGAGCAGCGUCAAUGCUGCGGGCUUAGCAAGCCUUGCCAACACCACGAAGUCUCCCGCCAUCAUGAAGAGAGCCCAAGAAGAAUAUGUUGCGGCUUUAGCCAUGACAAAUCGAGCGCUACAGUUCAAAAAGACAGCCAUCAAAGACAGCACGCUAAUCUCAGUUAUUUUACUGGGAAUGUACGAAAAUUUCCAAUACCAAGAUAGCGAUUCCUUGAAAGCCUGGGCGCGACACACCAACGGCGCAUGUGCAUUGCUCAGACUGCGCGGAGAAGAGCAGUUCAAGAGUUCCGUCGGCAGGCGUGUCCUCCACCAAUUUUACGGCACUGUCCUCUUGGUUGCCCUAGAAUCGGGCACGGCUGUGCCCCCAGACAUAUCAGAGCUGUGGGAGAAGCUCACUACGACUGGGGACUACCGCAUUCACGGCAAGCACUGGACAGUCAACAUGGUGCGCUUCAUGAAGAACGCCAUAUCCUUGAGUGGGGACAAAACAAGCGACCCGGUCACAAUAGUGGCAGAGGCGAUGAAGCUCGACCGCGAGCUUGACGAGAUAAAGACACUGAUCCCAAGCGUCUGGAAGUACGAGACAUUUCAGCUGGAGAAGCCUGUGGAACACGUUUUCAGCAACACUUAUCACAUAUAUCUGGAUCCGUGGAUCGCGCAGAUGUGGAAUAACCUCAGAGCCUGUAGGAUGUUUCUCCACGCAGUCAUCCGCCGCCAGCUCCUGAAAGGCUCCGAGUGCCACCCUCCUCUUUUCCACCGAGACAGAGUCCGCGAGCAGAUCGCAGCAUCGGAGCAGGUCAUGCGCGCGGGUGCGGCAGGCGUCUGCGCAGCGGCUCCACAGAUCUUAGGACAGGUUCCUUUUCCUGAGUUCCCAGGGUCGAAAAAGUCAUUCUAUUCAGACACCUGCCCCGAGCUUGUCGAGCCCCGAGACCCAACAUUCCAACUCCGUCCGCCUGGAACUUUUCUCAAUUCGACGAGACCUACUGGCGUCCACCACCUUAUCUGGCCGUUGUACGCUAUCGGUGGAAGCGACCUCGCUUCGCCGGAGCUGACGCAGUGGGCUAUCGAUCAGCUGUACUUUAUAGCGCUGAGACUGGGCACCCGGCAGGCUGUCGUGCUAGCGGAGGAGCUGAAGCAGAAGCAGAGGGCAGGGUCGGUAUCGGAGAUCUCGGACGAUGGGAGCCUUGCUAGUUCGACUUCGAGCUAA